UCUUUUAUGAAUAAUCAAAAGCAGCAAAAACCAACGCUAUCAGGCCAGCGUUUUAAAACCAGAAAAAGAGAUGAAAAAGAGAGGUUUGACCCUACUCAGUUUCAAGACUAUAUUAUUCAAGGCUUAACUGAAACCAGUACUGAUUUGGAAGCAGUAGCAAAGUUUCUUGAUGCUUCUGGAGCAAAACUUGAUUACCGCCGAUAUGCAGAAACACUUUUUGACAUUCUGGUGGCCGGGGGAAUGCUGGCCCCAGGUGGUACACUGGCAGAUGACAUGAUGCGUACAGAUGUCUGUGUGUUUGCAGCACAAGAAGACCUAGAGACCAUGCAAGCAUUUGCUCAGGUUUUUAACAAGUUAAUCAGGCGCUACAAAUACCUGGAGAAAGGUUUUGAAGAUGAAGUUAAAAAGCUGCUGCUGUUCUUAAAGGGUUUUUCGGAGUCGGAGAGGAACAAGCUGGCUAUGUUGACUGGUGUUCUUCUGGCUAAUGGAACACUUAAUGCAUCCAUUCUUAAUAGCCUUUAUAAUGAGAAUUUGGUUAAAGAAGGGGUUUCAGCAGCUUUUGCUGUAAAGCUAUUUAAAUCAUGGAUAAACAAAAAAGAUAUCAAUGAGGUAGCUGCAAGUCUUCGGAAAGUCAGCAUGGAUAACAGACUGAUGGAACUUUUUCCUGCCAAUAAGCAAAGUGUCGAACACUUCACAAAGUAUUUUACUGAGGCAGGCUUAAAAGAGCUUUCAGAAUAUGUUCGGAAUCAGCAAACCAUAGGAGCUCGUAAAGAACUCCAGAAAGAACUUCAAGAACAGAUGUCCCGUGGUGAUCCAUUUAAGGAGAUAAUUUUGUAUGUCAAGGAGGAGAUGAAAAAAAACAACAACAUCCCAGAGCCCAUUGUCAUUGGAUUGAUCCGGUCCAGUGUAAUGAGCUCUGUGGAAUGGAACAAAAAAGAAAAGCUUGUAGCAGAGCAAGCCAUCAACCACUUGAAGCAAUACAGCCCUCUCCUUGCUGCCUUUACUGCUUAAGGUCAGUCUGAGCUGACUCUGUUACUGAAGAUUCAGGAGUAUUGCUAUGAUAACAUUCAUUUCAUGAAAGCCUUCCAGAAAAUAGUGGUGCUUUUUUAUAAAGCUGAAGUCCUGAGUGAAGAACCCAUUCUGAAGUGGUAUAAAGAUGCACAUGUUGCAAAGGGGAAAAGUGUCUUCCUUGAACAAAUGAAAAAGUUUGUGGAGUGGCUCAAAAAUGCUGAAGAAGAAUCUGAGUCUGAAGCUGAAGAAGGUGACUGAAUUUUGAAACUGCACCCUCAGUAAAGCAAACAGGAGUUGUAGAUAAAAUGUCAUGUCUCAUGUGUCCUGGUUCUUACAUCUUCCUACCUCCCUAUAUCAAGCAUGAUAUAAGGGCUUUCAUGGCAAAUUUUAUUUUAACUGUUUCUAUGGUUACUGGAAAUGUUGGGUUUAGUUUCUAAAACCAUGUUUUAAGUAGCUACAGGAGCUAUAGAUUUGAAUUUAAUGUUGCAUUAGUCUUUUUAGUUAUCUUCUACCUCCUGUAUUUUCUACUGUAAUAAUGUAAUUUAAGGCAUUCCAUAAUGAACAGUUAACUUUUUUCCUGGGUUUUCUAUAUAAACAGUUUUCAAAAUAUGAUUUGGUUAAAAAUAAUUUGUUAUAAAAAUUCUGUUUGCAAAUUAAACUGUAAAAGUAUCCAAAGUUUCAAGAAGCAAUGCUUUGUGUGAUCUGGUAUGCCCAAAGUCCUCCUCGUCAAUGAAAAUCUCAUGUACAGUAAUUGAAUUCAUUACCACGAAUCUUGAAUAUUUGGACCAUUGCUUGCUUACAUGUUAGUAUUUUCUUGCAUUUUUAACCCAGAUGUUUUUGAGCUUGGUUGUUCUCUGGUUGUCAUUCCUUAGUGAAGCCAUGGAGAACAAGCUUGAGAGUGAGGUCUUUGGGAAAUCAUAUGUGGCAGAGGUGGUGGGAAGAAAAAAGUUGAACUUUUUCUCAUUGAGAAACUUCUGCAUUCAGUGUGUAUCUUUCCAGGCAAAACAAAUGGGUAUUCUUUUCAUACCAUUUUAGCUGUUCCUUAGAAAAGUCUUGUCACUUAACAAAUUUAACACUUGUCAUACACUUAGAUUGAUAGGAAAAAACUCAUGAAAUAGUGUGAGUAAAGGAAAUGACUGUACUAAACCCAGUAAAUUGUUGAAAAUGUUAAGUGUCAGCAUGUUCUAAUUGAGACGCUAAAUAUAAUUCUUAUUUCCUAUUGGCUUAGAAUAUUUGAUGUAAAAAAUGGAGUGCAGUGGUAUUGAUAUAUUCCCACUUGGUCAUAUAGGACCAGCUUCAUUCUCUUAACAUGUUCAUUAAUUAAUGACUCAAGCAUCUGGCUAUUAACAUACCCUAGUUGCCUUUUUAAAUUUUUUAAUUGCCAUGAGCCAAAUAUCUCUUCUAUACAGUUGAUUCAUUUAUUUUAAUGCUGCCUUUUAAUUUUGCCUUUCCUUGCUGCCACCCAUCUAAAUAUGUAGUCAGUAGAAAACAAAAUGUGACCACACAUUUUGAUGGAAAGACUACAUCUUAAAAGUGAACAUUUUGGAAGUUUUGAUUGUGGAAAAAAACUAGCUUAGAAUAAUGCCACCAGAGUCUGAGUGUAAAUUGCCCCCUUCAAAGGUGCCAUUUUUAUGAGCCAAGAAUUUGGUGUUCAACAGUUCAUUUGGAGGGAAUCACAUGUAGUGUAAUUUGAAAUAAAGGUGUAUAGUAACCUUAAGAAAAGCAUUAUUACUGAUACUAUUGUGAAUUGGGUGAAAUUGUUAAAUGAAUAACUUUGAUAAAGUUUUCAUGCACAGGCAAAAUGUAUUCACUAGGUUUCUACGUAGUGAUCUGCUUUUACUUUGUAAUUUGUAGUCCUCAAAAGACUUUUUUAAAGAAAUAAAGUCCAUCCUUAUACUUAGGUUAUAUAGGUCAGUCUUCUUUUUUAUUUUUUUGUAAACUUUAUGUUAAUGUCCAGUGGUAACUGUAUGUUAUACAUUCAGGUGUCUCUACUAUGUAAGCAUUAAAUAAUUGCUCUUUCGUCCUUAUAGCUCCCAAACUAGAAACACCUACAAAGAGUUCUGAUGUAGCGGAAACUACAUAACAUUUCUACAACCAAAUCAUUGCAUGUUACUGCUGUUCAAAGUGUACCCUGUUCUAUUAUAUACUGUGUAUAGUGAAAGAUGUGUAGUCUUCCAGAACAACAUUAUGAUCUUUGAUCAUAUUUUUUUUCCUUCAUAAUGGCAAGGUAGUAUUUACUUACUACAAUAUUAUAGUAAAUGGAUAUCACCUGUGAUAGUAUAAAGAAAGGGAAUGCUUUCUGAGAAGACUGCAAAUUUUCUUCUUGAAUUUUAAGUGGUAAUUUUGGAACUCAGUUGCCAAUCCCAACCUAUGGCCACAAAUAUGUAAUUCUUAAUAUAGAUGUUAACAUUGUACUUGUAUGAUCAGAUAAAUGUUGAUUUUCCUAACUUGGUGUCAGUUUCAGAGGAUAAGUCUCUUAGAUGCCAUAAUUAAAUGUGUGUUUAGAGCUGAUCAUAAGUUUUUUAAUCUUAAUUAUUCUAGAGUAUUGUUCUAGAGGUAUUUAUUAUGCUGUUCUUAGGAAAACUCCAAAUACCAAAAACACCACAGGAUAUUUUGACACAGCAUAAUAAUGAUGGUGGUGAGAGGAAAUCCAUGUAACUGAGACGUUAACUUCAAAUUCAGUGUUUCUCAAUGCUCAUUAUCACUCUCCCCCAGGAAGCCUUUUUAGAGUUUUCUAAUAGCACCCCAAUAAAUUUUAUUAUAGAUAAGUUCGUAUGUGUAUUGUAUCUGCUUUAUACAUUAAAAGAAUAGGGUUUAUUCGAUCUCAUUUGGAGGUGAUAUAUCAUCCCCAAUGAGAGUACAUAACUUGGAACCUCUUUUUAGAAAGAGGGUUAUAGUAGAGGACCUAGCGAUAGAUGUUUGUUUGCAUUGGCAGACAUAUCUUCAUGCAGAUCUGUAUCCUGAAGCAGUCAUCUUUUCUUCAAGGGUUAUUAGAAAAUUUGUUUUCUGCCAGUCACCAUCUUUUAACAGUUAUGCUUGCACCCUAGCCCACCAUAGGCACCAGACAAAUCAUUUUCCAUUGACUAUGGAGAUCUUAAGAGAUUCUUACUUGAGCCCUGGCCAGUUUGGC